UUUAUAAGUAUACCGGAUUACUGGAUAAGUUUCAUAGAGUAGUCAUUCGGCGUCAGUAACGAUACCAUUCCUGGAGUGACCUGAGCCAUGUAUCAGAACCGAAUACUGAUGAUUGUACUGAUGACAUUAUUACUUCAUGGCGAAAUUAGUGUGCCAAUUGUAGAUGCUACAGCUCUUAAAUAUCUACAUGAUUUAAUUCAGUAUAACAUCGCAGGUGUACCUAUUGCGCACGAGAAAACGGAAUGGGACUUUGAUCCAGAAGUCGGUAAACAAAGAAAAAUUCGAUAUGAACAAGAAAACGGACGUUAUGGAGAAUUAGCAAUAGCAAAACUAGGAAUGGGCAUUGGAUACAAAGGUCCAUGGGGAGCGCCAACGAAAAGUUGAAACAUUAAAACUACCGACACUGCACAGACUUAUAUUUUCACCACAUCCAUUUUUCUUAAAUAUUUGCAGUUAUUUAAAAUAAGUGCAUAGUUCUAAAACUUAAUAAAAGUACUUAUUAACAAUACAUUUUAAUUAUCUAAUGACACUGAUGGUAAAGUAUGCAAUGGAAAGUAAUUAGAAUUAAAAACCUGAUUUUUUUUUCUUGAAGUUUUUGUAUUUUUUAGUACUUAUACUUUAACGCGUAUAACUUACAAUCGCGCGGAAAUAUUUUAUUUUGGAUACUUUCGAAACACAUAAUUUCGGAAAUUUCUUGACUGACGCUUCAUGUGAAGCAAUCAAUGAAUGUAGCACAAGGUAUCUUCUCAGAACUUUCACUUUACAGGAAAGAAUUGGUAUGUGGUAGGGGAACGAAGAAAUUUAGACUGAGUUCUGACGCGAAUCUAGAACGUUGAAUGUAGCGACUCGAUCAACAUUAUCUUGUGAUUUUUGUUAAAUUGAUUAGUAAUUGAUCUAACUAAUGAUUAAUAA